UAGUCAAUUUUCAGGUUGCUAUGUGUGAGUGAAUCAACAGUCAAAGGUUAUCCAAAAAUAUUUUCAUUAAAUAGUUAAACACGACAUUUAGAUAAGUAAUGCCAUAGACAAGAGACAAGAAAGUCACAUGAACACAAUUAAACAAGCUGAUUUUCUAAAAAGGUGAAUACAUUCAAAUACCUAGUUAUAUAAAAAUGAACCCUUACAGUUUUAUAAUAUCGUUAGCCUUUGUGAAUGUUUCGUCAAUUUCUACAAAAAUUGAUUAUACGAAAGACGUUGUCAUUACAAACGAACAUAUCCAGCUUGCUUUUAAAAUGAAUAAUUUUACUAUAAAUGAUAAAGUUAUAUUAAAUGGAUUGGAGCAUGUAAUUAAAAAAAUUAUCGAGAACAGACGAAACCUUUUUGAAGAUAUGAAUAACAUGUUAGUUGUACCGGAAUAUGAAUCCUUUUAUCACUACUGGGGUGAAUAUCCAUCAUCUGGUCUCAACUGGGAUGCGUUAAAGGUACUUCAACAACGUUUGCGAGACGUAAUACGAUUGGAAUUAGAUAUUCCUGUUCCUGAAGUUCCAGACGAAAAUUUCAGAAGUUUAGUUUUGGAAGAGCUUGGAGCAAAAAGAAGAGAAUUUACUGGAAUAGCUUUAAGAAAUAUAUUGAAACGGACAAUAAAUUAUGGAAAAACAGAAAAUGUGACCAAUCUUAUAAAUAAGAGAAGUAUCGGUACAGACACGGAAAAUAGAAUCAGCCGAACAUUAGCUGGACCUGAAAGGGAAUUAUCAUUAACAUGCAUGUGUCAUAUAAUAGCAUUGUUCAUAAGUACAAAAUCUCCAGAGUCGCAUAUAAAAUAUAUGCAGCUAAACCCUGAUGAUACUUGCACCCUAAAAGAUGACUACUUUGAUAGACGGGAUAAAAUAUAUAAAACGUACGGAAAAUUUAACGGUCAAUGGUGCCAAGUCAUCGUGGAGUCCAGAUUCAGGAUUGUUUCUUCCAUGGAUGGCUAUGCAAAGACAAAUUCAACAACCUGUAUUAGCAAAAGUCAUUUUUACAAUUUUUCGGCCUCGAUACCAUUCGAAAUAUUUUUCGUUGCUAACCCAAAAUAAACACUUGGUUUGUGACAUUGGUAACCACGGUACUCGAAUGAUAAUGGAAAACCAGAAAACGUGACACAUCUUAUAGAUGAGAGAAGAGUUGGUACAGACACAGAAAAUAGAAUCAGCCGA